AUGAGCUCAGAACCAUCAGAACCCAUUUCAAAAGCCUCAGCCUCGUCCGGCUACACCCAGGGACACAGCGCCGCAGUCAUUGCCUCACAUGCAUCCCGAACCGUCCAUAACUCUGCUGCCUUCCUCCUCCCUCAUCUCAAGCCCGACUUCACAGUGUUGGAUCUCGGGUGCGGCCCUGGCACAAUCACACGCGGCUUCUGCUCCUACGUCCCCCAGGGCAAGGUCAUCGGGAUCGAUGCAGCAGAGUCAGUCAUCGAACAAGCAUUGUCCUCCGCAUCUACGACCGAGUAUCCGAACCUCUCGUUCCAAGUAGGAGACAUCACGGCUCAACUACCAUUCAAAGAUGGAUCCAUCGACGUCGUCUACACGAGCCAGACCAUCCUCCACUUACCGGCCCCCGUCGCCGUCAUGAAGGAAGCGCACCGUGUCUUGAAGCCAGGCGGCAUGUUGGCCAUGCGUGAAACCGAUUCUAUGGUCUGGCAUCCUAGUAGCGCUGGCACGGAAGCGUACUGUGUAGCUCUGGGCAAGGCCGUCCCGCCUGGUGCCCAGGGGUCCGGUACUGGACGUCGGCUUCAUGUCUGGGCGAAAGAGGCCGGCUUCUCUGCGGCAAAGAUGCAAGUCGGUACCGGCGGGAUGUGUUAUGCCGCGCCGGACUUGUCGAGAUGGUGGGCGGAUGUUCACGUCCAAAGGCUGCGUGGUGAGGUGGGGAAGAAGUGGUUGGAGGAUCUCAAGCUCGUGCGCGACCAGAACGAGAUUGACGGAAUGAUUGCCGGUCUCAAGGCCUGGGGGGACAAUGAGCAAGCCUGGUAUGCUGCCUUUCAAGGUGAAGUGAUUUGCUGGAAGUGA